UUGCGAAAAUCAUUCGAGUCAGCUCGGCCAAUACUACGUUUAUUGAUUCAAAGAAAAGGCGAGUCGUGGGAGGAGAAGUAUGGGUAUGGUACUGAUAGCGACAGAAAAAGGAAAGGUCUGUCUGCUUUGAUUCCAGUUCAGAAGGUUCCCAAAAGAAACUAUUCCAUCUCGAAUCCUGAAGACUUCCGCCAGGUCUCGGCUAUCAUUGAUGUGGACAUUGUUCCGGAAGCGCAUCGUCGUGUAAGACUUUGCAAACACGGGUCGGAUCGGCCACUUGGAUUCUACAUUAGGGAUGGUACGUCUGUCAGGGUGACGGAACGUGGUGUUGCGAAAGUGCAAGGCAUUUUCAUUUCUCGUCUAGUAGAUGGAGGGCUGGCAGAGUCCACAGGGCUUUUAGGUGUCAAUGAUGAGGUGCUAGAAGUGAAUGGAAUUUACGUGCAGGGUAAAACCUUAGACCAAGUCACAGAUAUGAUGGUUGCAAAUGCACAUAAUCUUAUUAUCACAGUCAAACCCGCUAAUCAGCGGAACACGCUGCAGCGAAAUACAUCAGGACGCACUCCUGUUCCUGCUCUGGAUCCGGACACCGAAUCAGACGGCGGCACCGACAAUUCGCGAUAA